UUGUUUUCAGAGUUUUCGCACAAAUCAGAGAAUGAAAUGGAAAGGCUUUUGAUCAGUGUCUUGUGAUACACAAAAAGUAAAUCGYAAUGGAUCCCGUUAUAGAUCCUUUUAGRUCGCUUCUUUUGAGUAUUKCAAAUGAUUGYUCAGAMGAUGACUUCACAAACAUGAAGUUCCUUUGCARUGGGUGUAUUUCUGAAGGUCGUUUGGARGCCAUUGCRACACCACAGCAACUCUUCACAGAACUCAUUCACGAGUGCUUUCUAGCGAGCGAUAAGAAGACGUAUCUAGCUUCCUUGYUAUUUCACAUCGGGAGACACGACCUGAGAAAUCGUUUACUGGGGAAAGAAGAUCCAACUGUUGUCGGAGGAUCCCAAAACUGGGGUGGACUCCCCCUUAAAGUACACAACUUUGUGGACAGAAAAGAUGAAUGUAAAAAGGUUCUUUCCAAACUUACUAAUUCACCAUGUCAAGUUGUCACCAUAACAGGCCCUCCAGGAUUUGGAAAGUCAGCAGUAGCAAUCCAAGUUGGCCAUGAUCUAUGCUGCCAUGCUGGUGUCUCUGUAUUUUAUAUCAGUCUGAGGAACUGCACUUCGCUUGUCGGGAUGGCNAACUCUCUCCUUAGAGCACUGAGAAUGGUUGCAAGUGAACGGGAAUCUCCACUUAAACAGUUAAUGCAUGUUUUGUGCAAUAUGACCUCUGAUACUGUCAUCAUUCUAGACAAUGCCGAGGACAUGCUGGUCAAUUCUAUACGUGAAGAGUUUAGUAACUAUGUUGAGAAUGUUGCCAAGACUGCACCAUUUGUUCGAAUUUUGGUAGCUAGUCGCAUCUCGAUGACAUUUUUAGAUGUUGACUCAUGUCAGRUAUCGUUGGAUGCUUUAAAACCAGAAGACGCCCAAGAAUUGCUUAAAUUAUCAGGGGCAAGAAUUAUGCAUGAUGAUGCCGAAACCCUAGCACACCUUUGUGGUGGAGUGCCUCUUGUGUUGCAUACAACAGCUUCCUUGCUGGCAAAGAAAAGUAUUAAUCCCAAAGCAUUAAUCACUGAAUUCCAGAGAAGUCCAGCAUCAGCGUUCAAGGCGUUCAACUUCAUCACACUUUCACAUGAUCACCAGAUUUUCUACUGUUUGAAUAUAUGUUUUGAAAGGCUGUCCAAUGAGAUGAAGGAUGGCCUGAUCGCAUUAUCAGUGUUUCCGACAGCUUUUGAGCUUGAUGAUGCUCAGGUGAUCAUGAAAGAGCACUCUGAGUUUUCACUGGARAUGCAUCUCCAAGAACUUGUUGACAACUCGCUGCUUCAGUACGACAGUGUUUCCAAGCAGUACUCAAUUCAUGGUGUAAUCCAAGCAUUUUGCCAUGACAAGUCCAAACAAGAAGARUAUASRCCWUUAUUUGCAAAAGCAAAAAAGGAUUUUAAUUGUCAUUAYCUUGACAUGCUAAAAGUAUUUCAGAACAACUUURUCUCCAAGAAAGUUACAAGYACUGUACAGCGCUUCCUGGUCAAGAGACGUCAYAUAAGACAAGCMAUGCUAGACUCUGUAAAAGACCCAGACCUUGAAUUAACAUGCAUUGACACAGCCAACAGUGUUGCCCCUUUCUUGGCCAAGGUGUUCAGAAAGGAAAAAUGUUUACAAAUAUUUGAAAUCUAUACAAAAAUUUGCAAGGAAAGGAAUGAUGACAAAAGAUACAGUGAUUGCCUGACUGCCGAGGCUUAYUGYAUYCUGUCUCACUGCGCAUGCCAUCUUCCAUGCCCUUCUGCAGUCGCAAAGUUCAAAGAAGCUCAUGCAAUCCAGACAAAACUUGGAGAUGAGAGCUCUUUGAUUCGUKCUCACUGUCUUACYAAGCUUGGYCGCUGUAUCUCUCAUUAUGGUGAGCUAGAUAAAGGCAUUGUUCUCAUUAAGAAGGGGUUGGCUAUCAGGWUAGAAAAGAAAGAUGACAUCCAAGUAGCUGUGGCCUACAAAGAUUUGGCAGUCUCCUAUUCGUUUAAUAACCAGCACCACACUGCUAACAGAAUGCGUGUUGAGAAGGUCCUACCCGUGUAUCAGCAGUACUUAGGUGAUCAUCCCUAUACCGCUACGCUGAUGGACGACAUGGGUGUGUCCUACAUGGCAAUGUCUGACUACUCCAAUGCCUACACCUACAUCAAGGAAGCAUUGAGGAUGAGAGUCAAAGCGCUGGGAAACCACCAGGAAACAGCACGCUCCUACCAUGACUACGGCACCGUCCUUGUGGCCCAAGAGAGGUACAACGAGGCAUUAACUGCUUUCAAGCAAGCACUUCAAAUCCAGGAAAGCAUUCUUGGAAUACACGAGGAAACUAUAAGGUCACAUUUUGAGAUUUCCAAAGUGUUGAAGCGGCUUGAUCGUCUUGAAGAGGCCUUGGAAGAGAGCAAGCUUGUUACUGAUUUGAAAGCCAAAUCUUUAGAAAAUGAAUCUUGAAUAUGCAUUACUUGAAUGCCUAUAAACAUACUGGAAACAUGCUGUGAAGGUUUGCUUCUUACAUUACUAGGCUCAAUCUAUUUWCAUAAGUGUUCGCCAAAGUUUAGGUAUUUUCCUUUCGCAGAGAUCCAAUGAAACUUGGGCUUCCUGUUUAAGGAGCUCCAAUGACCCACAUAAGGAUUGAAAAAAAAUGCAGCUUGAAAACUGCGAUUAGCAUACCGACGAAUCAGAGUGUCCGUAUAACGAUCUGAUCUAUAUUUGUAAAGAAAUUAAAUCUAUUAUUGAUAAAAUAACUGAUAAUGAGAUACUAAGUAUCGCACAUAUUUUUAUAGAUUUCAAAGUCAGAACAAAAUUUUCGUGCGAUAAAGUAAUAAAUAAAUUUUAAAAUAAUUCUUCAAAUUAAAUAAAUUUAAUCUAAAAUUACUUUAUAAAAAGUGCUGAAUUUCGAUUAAGUCGGRCCAAAUCAGAGUYAGCAAAGACGAUUUAGGUUAUAGAGCUGUAUUGUUCAUAAGAUCAAUUGAAUCAAUUUCUGAACCGUUUUUCGCGUUUUCAGGCAAGAUUUUAUUACAAUAAAAAUGUGUGAAAAUGUAUACAUAAUAUAUCCAUGCAUUUGUAAAUCACAAGAGAGCAUUAAACAAGAUCUAUCUUGUAUUGCA